GUAAAUCACGCGCGCCUUUUUAAACACAUAUACGGAUAGUUGAUGAAACAUGCCUCGCGUAUUAGUUAGCAUUAAUUAGUUCUAAAAGCAAUAAGCUACACUUCGAAAAUCAGGAAGUUAGAGCGGCUUUUUAAAAAGUUGUGGCACACUAUUUGAACACUAACGUUUACGUCAGAUGGAUGUAAUUGCACAAGAGAUUUCUAAUACUCCACCUGUUACAUCUGCUUACAUCUUAACAUGCCUCAUACUGACAUUGGCUGUGCAAUUAAACUUGAUUUCACCUUUACAACUGUACUUCAACCCCUCAUUGAUCGCAAAUAACUUUCAGCUAUGGAGGCUGGUGACAUCGUUUUGCUUUUUGGAUCUUUCAAUUUUAGUUUUCUCUUCAAUAUUAUAUUUGCCUAUCGAUAUUGCCGAAUGUUAGAAGAAACAUGGUACAGUACAAAAACUGCAGAUUUCAUCAUGAUGUUUCUGUUUUGUGGAACUCUCACAGUGAUAAUCGCUCUGUUUGUUAACAUGCUGUUCCUCAGUCAUGUCUUAACAAUGAUGCUUGUUUAUGUAUGGAGUCGAAGGAACCCACAUGUGAGGCUUAAUAUUUUUGGUAUACUAGAAGUAAAUGCCCCCUACUUACCUUGGGUAUUUUUUGCUUUUUCGUUCCUUCUUGGAAAUAAUAUGAUGGUCGACCUAAUCGGCAUUGUUGUCGGUCACUUGUACUACUUCUUAGAAGAUGUUUAUCCAAACCAAGUAAAUGGAUUUAGGAUCCUUCGUACGCCUCAAUUUAUGAAAUAUUUAUUUGACAGACGACAAAUUAAUCGUGACUAUGAACCUCUCGCUGAAGUAGGAAGACCAGGAGGAUUUGACUGGAAUAAUCACGAAUAAACGCAAACUAGAUAAACCCUAUUUCGUUUUUUACCUUCUAUUUUCCGUCGUAUAACUAAACGUUUGUAAAGUUCUUCCACACUACUACUCUGCUUUGUCUUAAAUAUUCUAAUGUGGAACUAAACAUUUGUUAGUGAAUAUAAACGUUUUAUCAUUCUGUUUAUCUAAAAUUACUAAACUGUAUAAAUUUUUAACAAUGUGGUUGUGUUAAGAGGUUAGUGUGGCGGACUUUUAUUAGUCCCAUAGUGUUUAGCGGCUAAUUAAUUUACACAUCC